UCCUGAACAAUGAAGAAGUUUAUAAUAAUGUUUUAUAUUUAACUUGUCGCCUAGCUAGUUUAUUUGACUCAAAGUGAGUCUCCAAAAAUGACGGAUAAUUUGCCAUUGAUACCAAGAAAAGGAGCUGUAUGUGCUGAUGUCCGACCAGUCCUCCGAGAGGUCUUCCGGGAGCAGGACUACCUCCCUCCGCUAGCGGCCGAGAAGGUUACGAAGCCGCUGUCAGAUGCGGACGAACCAUUACCAAAGCAAGCGGAAUGGAUCGACAAGUACUCGAUCGAGUGCAAAGAGAUCUGGAGUCGGGAGUACAAGUUGAAGCAGGACCAUGCGAAGCGCGUCACCCGACAGCCGCUGCCGAACAUAUACAGGCUGUCGUCGCCGGCGUCUGACAGCGACGUCUCGUCGUGGAGGCAGCAGCACGGCAUGAUAUGCCGGAGAGACCUGAUACCUGCGAUAGAACAAGAUGCUGGCCGUGAUGGCAGUUUAUGGGUGCAGAACAUCUUGCACCGCAGCUCGUGCGACUUGAGCUGCAUAGAAGUGCGCGGGUCGCGGCUGCACCUGCCGCUGCAUUUCCCGCCGCCCGAUGAAGGCACCGUCCAGUCCUUGAGGUAUAAUAUGAGGCUAGAUAUGAUCUUGCCGAACCGGCUUUUAUAA